AUGGGGAAACAAAAAGACCUUCUCGGCAAACUAGAAAGGACCUUUCAGAUGCGACACACGCUCCUCUGCCAGGGCCUGGCGGAAUGUUUGGGAACUCUUAUCCUGGUGAUGUUCAGCUGCGCUGCAGUGGCUCAGUGGAUGCUGAGUGGCGGCUCACACGGGACGUUCCUCUCCGUCAACUUCGCUGUUGGAGGUGGCGCGGCGCUGGGCGUCCUCGUCAGCGGACCUGUCUCAGGUGGUCAUCUCAACCCUGCAGUGACUUUCGCUCUGUGUUUGCUCGGCAGAGAGCCUUGGAGGAAGUUCCCCUUCUUCUUUUUCUUCCAGACUUUGGGAGCUUUCCUAGCGGCCGCUAUUGUAUUCUGCAUGUAUUUUGAUGCAAUUUGGAACUUUGGCCAUGGAGAGUUGCUUCUCGUAGGGAAGAACGCCACCGCUGGGAUUUUCGCCACGUAUCCAUCUGAUCAUCUCUCCACGCUCAAUGGAUUCACCGACCAAGUCAUCGGAACCGCGUCACUUGUUACAUGCGUCCUCGCCAUCAUUGACCCGCUCAACAAUUCUGUCCCCCGAGGGUUUGAGGCCUUCCCCGUGGGCUUUGUGGUGACAAUCAUUGGCUUGUCCAUGGGAUUCAACUCAGGCUAUGCAAUCAACCCGGCUCGGGACUUGGGACCUCGCAUCUUUACAGCUCUGGCGGGUUGGGGUCUUGACGUUUUCACAGUGAACAACUACUGGUUCCUCAUUCCCAUCUUUGGUCCUUUCGCUGGUGCCCUGGUGGCGGUGAUGAUCUACCAGCUCAUGAUCGGAUACCACCUCGGUGGAAAACCAAUGUACAAGAAGAAGAAAAGGAAGAUGCAGGAAGAUGAGGAGGAAAGACUUCCCAACAAUACGUCCAAUGAAGAAGCAGCUUGACUUUUAUGCUGGUCGACCCGAAUC